CUUCAAUACUCACGGCAUUUUUGGAAGUUUAGUUCUAGUCGUUUGCUUAUUACACACCCUACCAGGCUCGGGGACAGAGAGCCGAGACCCUUUCCCACGAUCCCAAUCACCGCAACUCGUCCACGGGGGUUAAUCUGAAAGUAAUAAUAAUGCCAUCACUCAUCUCAUCUCUGGCGACGGCGCUAUUACUGGUUUCUGGAAUUUGCGCCAUUCCACAGGGACCAUCUGGAGCCGAGAGUGGGAUCGUAAGCGCGGUAUCAGCAGCAUCAGCAUCAACGGCAGGCGUAGCCGUCUCUCAAGCAACAACAGCAUCACCGUCAUCGAGCAACGCCGCCAGCGAUAUCUCUGCCUGUAACAACUCACCGUUGCUUUGCAAUCGGGCCUACAACAAUGUCACUCACAUGGGCGCGCACGAUUCGUCCUUUCUCCGUGAUGCGAGCACCAGUGACAGCUUAGCCGGCAAUCAAUAUUUCAACGCAACAGUCGCCCUCGACGCCGGUAUCAGACUGCUCCAGGCCCAAGUUCACGAUGCCAACGGGACACUCCAACUAUGUCACACCAGCUGCACCCUGCUAGACGCAGGGCCACUCCAAGACUGGCUGGCCAAGAUCAAGUUCUGGAUGGACAAUAACCCCAACGAGGUGGUGACGAUCUUGCUCGUCAACUCCGACAACAAGCUCGUCUCUGACUACGCCGCCGUGUUUGAGGGAUCCGGUAUCUCUACUUACGGCUACCAACUGAGCAACGGCAGCUCAGCCAGCAACACCUGGCCCACGCUAGGAGACAUGAUCACAUCCAACAAGCGCCUGGUCACCUUCAUCGCCUCCAUCGACUACUCGCCCACCUACCCGUACCUGCUAAGCGAGUUCGACCAUGUCUUCGAAACCGCGUACAACGUCCCCAGCCUGAGCGGGUUCAACUGCACCCUGGAUCGGCCCAAGGGACAGGGUUCGGCAGGGGAUGCUAUCUCGGCGGGGUUGAUGCCGUUGAUGAACCACUUCGCGGACAGCCUGCUCUUGCAGGGCGUCCAGAUCCCGGACGAGACGGACAUCGACAUUACCAACAGCCCGGAUACUUCCACCACCGGAAACCUGGGCUUGCACGCUGAUACCUGCGUCAAGCAGUGGGGAGUGAAGCCGACGUUUAUUUUGGUAGACUUUUUCGAUCACGGGCCGGCGAUCGAUACGGCCGAUCGGUUGAAUGGGAUCACGGCCACAGGGAGGAAGUCGGUGUCCGGGGAGAGUAAGGGGAACACGAGCGGCGCGGGGGAGAACCAUUCGCCGAUGGGCAUGAAUGUCGCGCUGAUUGCUUUUGUGGUCUUUGCUCUGGCGAUGGUAUAGAUGAUGUUGUCUGUUAAUACUUGAGUGCUAGA